UAAACUAAACGCGCUGGCGCGAAAGAAAGAUUUCUCUCCUAUACAUGAAAAAAAAAAUAAUCAAAAAAUAAAAUUUAUAUACACAUAUAUGGAUAACACACACGUGGGCUUUUUAAAAUCGACAAAUACUAUUAUAAAUUUUAUAUUGAGAACAUUACUUUUGUUUCGGGGGAUGAGACGCCGACGCCUGGCGCCGACGUACUUUUUCAAGCAACGAAAUCGCGUCAGAAUAAUCUCACCAAUUCCACUGUCCAUAUAGCUCCAUUACUAAAAAAAAAAAUAAUAAUAAUAACAGCAAUAAUAGCCGUAAAAAUUGACAUAUAAUUAUCAAUAGUUUAAGUAUUUAAAAAAUUAUUUAAAAAGAAAAAUUUGAAUAGAAAUUUGUUUGAAAAUUUGCAAGAGUCAUCAAUAUUUAUCUCAAACACGUGGAUAAUAUAUAAUUUAAAAAUUAUAAAAAAAUAUUAAUUUACAUGAAUUAAUAAUCAUUAAUAUAAGUGUUGAAUAAUUUUUUUUAUAAUUAUUAAAUUUAAUGUAAAUAAUUGGGUAAAAAAGAAUUUAUAAAAAAAAAAAAGUGAAUUUAUUUCGAAUUGUGAUCAGCGACAUUACCAUCCGGAAAAAACACGUGGAAAAUUAAAAUUAUAUUGAUGAAUCGAUGAUAAUCAUUUUAUACAUGAUUUAUAUAAUUUAUUGAUUAUGGAAAUGAUUAAUGAUAAUGAUGAAUUACAGUGUAGAAUUUGUGCUAAUAAUAUUACUGAUAAAAAUAAUAAAAUUCAUAUUUUUGAUGAUAACGCAAGACGUAAUUAUUUACAAACUAAAAUACGUAAAUAUUUAUAUAUUCUGGUAUCAAAUGAUGAUAAUUUAUCAAAAUUUAUUUGUCACUCAUGUGUCAAAAGAUUGGAGGGAAUUCAUAGAUUUGCAACAAUGGCACAUAAAGCACAAGAAAAACUUAAAAAUAAAUUUUAUGAAAUAUCUGGGAAUAAUGAUAAAUUAGAUGACAAUGAAUUUGAUGAUAAUAAUGAAAAUAAUAAAAAUGAUAUUAUUAAAUCUAAUUUUACUGAUAAGAAAAUUGAAGAAAUAAAUUCUGGCUAUGAUUGUUCAAUUCGUUCAAUUGAUCAAGAUGAAAAUCAGCAUACAACUGAAGAAAUGGAAGUCAAAGUUGAUCCAAUGAUAUUUUUACAAUGUGAUCUUGAAAAUUCAUUGUCAUCAGAGUUGUCAGAUGAUAAUUCUGAUUAUGAAGAUAAAUCAAAUCAUAUAAAUGAUUAUUUCGAAAGAAAAGAGAUUAAAAAAAAUUGUAAAAGUCCAACAAUGUUGAUAAAUAAUGAAAAUAAUGGUAAAUCAUCAUUGUAUGAUUGUUCAAUAUGUUCACGUACAUUUAUAACACAAAUAAGUUUACAAAAUCAUCUCUGGUCACAUUUACCAAGAUCAGAUAAUCAAUAUGACGAUGAUGAUGAAGAUGAUGAUGAUGAUAAUAAUAAAACCGUCCAUCAAAGUAUACAAAAUUCAUCGUUAAAUAAUGAUAAUAAUAGUUCAAGUGGUUAUGAUAAUUCUGGAACAAAUUUUGUGUGUCCAAUUUGUCAUAAAAGAAUAUCAACAAAAGGUAAUUUAAAAGUACAUCUUGAAACUCACAGACCAAAAGGAAAAUAUGGAUGUGAUAUUUGUGGAAGAAUUUUUAAAACUCAAUCAAAUUUAUUUCGUCACAAAGAAUAUCAUGGUGGUGUACAAUUUCCAUGUAGUGUUUGUGGAAGAGUUUAUCCAACAAAUUCAACUUUACGUGCACACAGUAUAACACAUUCGGAUUUACGACCACAUGCAUGUCCACUUUGUGAUAAAACAUUUAAACGUAAUCAAGAUCUUAAAUUUCAUAUUAAUCAACAUACUGGUCAACGUCCAUAUCAAUGUCCAUACUGCCCAAAAGCAUUUGCAAGUUCUGGUAAUUGUUUUUCACAUCGUAAACGUAUGCAUCCAAGAGAAGUUAAUCGUGAUCGUCAACGUGCUGCUGAUCUUAUGAGGUGAACAAAUAUAUUAUAAUUACAACAAUAUAAAAAAAAAAAACAAAUGAUAAAAACAAGAAAGUGAUAUAUUACGUUAAUUAAUAUAUAUAUACAUAAUUCAAAAGAUAAAAAAAUUAUAAUUUAUUUAAUUAUUCGGAUGAUCAAUAUUAAUGAAUCAAUAUAUUUUUAAAAUUCAAUAAUAAUCCUUUUUUUUUCUCAUCAACUAGAAGUUAUUUUUACGACAAUAACAAGCAAUAUAUAAUUCCAGAUAUUAUCAUUUUUUCUUCCGCAUAUUAAUUGCAGUGAUAUUAAUUUUUUUUUUUUUUAUCAACUUGUUGUUAACCUUGAGUAUAUAUUCAUGCCUAUAUCAACAAUAUAUUAUUUAUAAUUAAAACAACAUAUAUUUAUUUGUAAAAAAAAAAAAAACAAUUUAAUGUUAGACUAUUUAUAAACCUAGGUCUGUGAUAAAUCAGGAAACUUAGUCUUUUAAUUUUAAUAAAAAAAAAAAAAACAAUUUGUUAUAUUAAUUAUUAUUGCUAUUAUUUGUGCCAAAUAAAAAAACGAAUUAAUAUUCUGUUUGAACCCUUGUAUAUUCAGCUGAAUGUAACAAUUUAUAUUUUUUUCUUCUCAAAGAGAAACUGCGUAAAAAAAAAUAAUAAAUAAAUAGGUAAAAAAUACCUCCUUAAAAUUGUAAAACACUUUUGUAGUUAAUAAUUAUUGUGGUAAUUAGAUAAGCACAAUCACAGUAUUAAAAAAAAUUACUAUUAGAAAUGGAACAAUAAUUAAGUCAAUGUAAUAGUAACAAGACUGUGUGAACGAAAAUAAAAUGUGUGUCAAAGUAGUGUUUAAAUAAUAUACAUCAAGUUCUUCAGCACUGUAAAUAAUAUAAUAAUAAAAAUUAUAAGCAAUGUAAUUAAUUUCUAAGAAAUUAUUUAGACAAGUUUAACUUGAUUUAAAAUCUUAGGACAACUGACAUGGUACCAAAUUUUAAUAAAUAAAUAAUAAUCAUGUAUUAAAAAAAUAAGUCUGAAUAGUAAUAGAUAUAUCAUUAGGAUUCAAUAAUCAAUAUGUAAAUUAAGUAAAUGAUAUUAUCACUGUCAUUUAAUUACAUUUUCCAAGAGCUAAAAAAUAUAUAUAUUAAACAAAAAUUUUGAGUUAUUUUAAGUGAUACACAUGAUGUAGAUUCAGGAAGAAAAAAAGACAAAUAAUAAAAUUGAUUCUCAAAUCAUU